AUGGGGCCAUUUUCAAGUUUCACCCCACGUCACACCUACCGCCUAUUUGGAAGUUUUCAUCUAGAUGCUGGGCUAGAAUGUUGCCGUGACAUUUGUCGGCUGGUGAUCAUGGCGGUCAUUUCUGCGUUGAGUGUUCUUGAUAUCCAUGUGUCUUCGUUUUGGACUAUAAUGUGGAUUUUGAACUACUGUGAAACUUUUGUUCUACCUGAAUUCCAGUCUAUUAUUGAACCAACUAUUUAUUAUGCCGAUAAUCAUGUAGGAGAAAUGCUUGAAAUUUGUUGUGAUACCUGGCCAAAACGACCUAUAGGUCGUGUAUCAUAUUACUCAACAUAUCAUUUUCCUCAAUCGACUCCAGUGAAUAUGUCUGACCAAGUGUACACAGAAAUCACAAAUAUGCACCAGAAAGGUAUAUAUCAUGUGCCUUCCAAUUUCAUGUGCGAUCAUCAUACGCGUUAUGGAAAUAAGUCGUAUCCACUCCAUUGUCUUUGUUUUUCAAAUGUUUCUGUCGCUGAACAGUUUUCUGGUGAGAAGACUUACUGUCGUGCUAACACUGAUUUCGGUUCACUUUUAAGCAGACCAUUUCAAAUAUCAGUCAAACGUUCAGUAGCUCAGAAAACCUCUGUGCAGGUUAAUAUAAUAUACCGUCUAGGAAAUAUUGCAACAAUCCCCUGUAAUUUCAACAAACUCUAUUCAUUUGAACGCAUUUUUUUCACUUUCAAUAACACUGAAAUUACUAAUCUUUUUUCCGAUAAGCGCAGAUUAGUGCGAACUCCGCAAAAUGGUUAUCAACUAUUAUUGAUACGAGGUUUUCAACCUCAAGAUCAAGGACUCUAUAAAUGUGGUUUCUUCAAUCCGAGAUUUCAUACAAAACGAUAUAGUACUAUAAUAUAUCAUCUUCUAGUUGAAGAUUCACCCACUUCCUCACUAAAAGCUGUUCUGCUCAUGAAUUUGUAUGGUACUGUAACAGAUUCCAAUGGUACAAAACCAAUCUCAAUAGCGGCUCACGAAGGUCAAAGUAUUUCAUUGUUUUGCUCAUUCGAUUCUCCAAGAUCAUCUGCAGCUAAAGUGGAUGACUUUGUAAAUGAAUUGAAUGGAAAUCAAAAAUUUGAACCUUUAUUUGGGGUUUUAGAUACACGCAAUCUAACUAAUGAAGACGAAGGAUUGUACUCUUGUUCAACUGAUAAGAUAACAUUAUAUGCUUAUCUACGAAUUCUUCCUUCAUCUAAACUGCUUGUUUAUCCUGGCAAAAUUAAAGCAAACUUGGAAGAUUUUGUAAAUCUAUCCUGCGUUAGUUUGGGAAUUGAUUCUACACUGACAUGGUAUUUCAAUGGAAUUCGUAGACAGUCUACUACAUCACCUACAAAUCCACAUCAUACCUUGUUAAUUGAUUCAAUGAAUUCAUCAUAUAUCGGUGUCUAUCAGUGCAUCAUCGAAAAUGGUACCGACAUGUGGAUGGAUUCCAUAGUCAUGAUUGUUCUACCUGAACAAUCGUUGUUCACUAAAGAUGGAUUUGAUUCAGCUUUAUCAAAAUACUCAGUUCCUACCCAACUGGGAACUGAAUUGAUGGUAACGAAAAUUGGAGAUACAAGACAAUUGAAAUGUUUAUCAUCUGAAGAUCUUGAUUUGUACAACAGCAAAGUUGCACAAUACCUUGAUCUUUUGUUACCUGCGGCAGAUAGUCAAGGUCAUUUGCAAAGUCGCCUAAAUAUCUCUUGCUUAUUGAACAUACUACGGGUGGAAUGGUGGAAGGAUGGGGAACCGCUUCAGUUAUUAGCCUUCAGUGUAGCUGAUCAUGAGUUAAAUUGUUCUUCAUUGUUUACCAUUGAUAUUGCCACUUCUCGACCAAACGCUUACGGAGUGUACAGUUGUAAUUUGUAUUUUGGAGAACAGCUAAUACUUAGACGAUAUUUUAAAUUAAUUGAGUCUAAUGCCUCUGCAUAUUCGUUGAUUAAUCAAAGAUAUGCUGAUCUGCCUAGUAGUGAAUAUAUGUAUUCUCAUGGGGAAUUAUUGGAAAAUUCAUUUGGAACAGAUGAUGAAGUGGUAAGUACUGACCACGUUGAAACUGUAUUACUUCGUAAGCGUCGAAGUCAAGUGCACAGAUUCAAUGAAUGGCCUUCAAAUUUUGAAAAAAUUGUCUCCUCACCUGUACUCAAUGUAUCCUCCUCAAGAAACGCAUAUGAACGACUUAAAAAACCCAAUGCUACAACUGUUGGCGAUAAUUUGGCUGUACUUAUUAUUUGGAAUUCAGUAAACUGUGAUUUUUAUCGUAUUAUUCACAGAUCACGUAUUCCAGAGUCGGAUGGUUGGAUUCACCGGUCUACUAUCGAUGAAACAGUAGAGGAGUGUUGUAGCCAAGAUAUAACGUGUUGUUUCAAAAAUAAACAUUUCUACUUGACAAGUCGUCAUCCAGGUGAACUGGUACCAGGAAAAAGCUAUCAGUUUCGUAUACAUGCUAUUAAACAAGCAACUGAUCAGAUAAUCGAUAAAAGUCCGUGGUCCGAUCCUGUCAGUUUUCAACAUAUCUCUAAAGUUGCUCCUGUCAUAACAGAAACUGAACGUUUGUCGGAUGGUGGAAUAUUGGCACGAUGGACUUUGGCUAUAUCAGCGGUAGGAUUUCCCAUUGAUCACUUCCUUCUGCUUUAUCGUCCAGAAGAACGUUCAAACAAUGGAAAAAUUACUUACAAUGGGUUCAAAGCAGUUUUUGUAAAUGGAUCUGCCUCUAGGGAACACAAAUUACAAGCUUUAGAACCAGGUAAAGGAUAUCAAAUUGUUGUUUACGGUGUGCAUACACCUCGUGGAUUGGAUCCACAGUCUACAAUUUUUACAGGUGGAUUAAAUGGACGAAAAAUCACCCAGUUCAGUCAUGAAGUUUUCGUUAAACCACGCUCAAUUUCAAUGGCUGCAAAUGAUAAUCGUGUCAGUCAGGAUUCAGCCUUGCGCUCAGUGGCUAAAUCACGUGAACAUUACAACACAAAAAAUGUAGUUGCAUUCAAUUCAAUGGAAUCAAACAGACUGAUGUUUCUUGUUUUGGGCGCUUUAACCGGUGUAAUGCUUCUGAUUAUGAUAUGCUUAGUUGUAUUGUGUAUAUGGCGUCAACGGCGAGAUAAACAUCGUUUAGUAAUAAAUCGUUCUGCCAGUGGUUGUGAUGUUAUUCCCUGUAACCCACGUUCAUUUGGAACUACUGAUAAAAGUUUGAAAAAGGAAAACUUUGGUACAACUGGUGGAUUCCUUCUUGAUAACCUACACUCUACCCCCUUGAUGAUUUCUUCCAAUACCAUUAGUGGACAUCGACUUGCCAAUAAAAAUUUUGAAAAUGUUGAAAGACCGAGUAUUCAGUAUCCAUCUCGACCACCACCUAUGAGUCCUGCACCCCCACCUCCACCCAAGUAUUUAACUACAAAUGAAAAUUUCGAGUUGAGAAGCCUCACGUCUAAUAGUGAUGGUAUGCGUAAUAUUCAUACUGAUAAUAAACGGCAUGUAGAUAUUCCAUCCAAAUCUGCUUUAUUAACUUCAUCCACUUACUAUCCUGCACAUCAGAAAAUUAGUUGUGUGGACUAUCCUAUCAGUCCUUCAUGUCAUACCAUAAUGAAUCAUUCAAACAGUGGUAUUAUUAUGGACGGUUCAUUUUCAAAUCCUCGUUUAUUACUGUCAUCAUAUGCAGAUGAACAUGUUGGUGCAUCAGAGAUUGUUGAUAGCCUAACUCAUGAGGAUUCAUGUUAUUUAUUGCAGUCCGCAAUAAUAAAUGGUCUAAAGCGCGAACCACCAAGCGGUGGUUCGAUGCAUGGGGGUACUGACGAUGAAUUUGGUUUACCUGACAAAGAUGCUAUGAGUAGUAUGUUUCAGCAUGCAAAUGAACAUUUGUGUUCAACUGAAUUAUAUUCUUAUUCACAUAAAAAUCCAAACUCACGUCACUCCUUUUAUGAUGAUGUAAGUAAUAAUGAUAAUAUUGAUAAUAGCAAUAAGAAUGGUGAACAAAAUGCACAAUUAGAUUUUUAUCCAAGUCAUUUUAAUCGAACUAUAUCAUCAUAUCAUCCUUUACAUCAUCAUCGUUUUCGUCAUCAUCAUAGCCAGCGUCUCUAUUGCCAUGGUAAUGGCAAUAAUGAAUCUGGUUCUCCUCCUGUAAUGGUUAAUUUACACAAUUUUAUAAUGAAUGAAAAUCGACAGUUAUCAAAGAAUGUUAUGUUUACAUCUUGUAUACCCAAUUAUGAUCCUGGUCUACUGACACCACCUAAUAUUGAUGAUGACGUUAAUAAUAAUAAUAACAAUAAUGCCGAUAAUAACAUGGUUAUGCAUAGCAGUCAAUAUCCUUACGUAUAUCGAAUUGAUGAAGAAACUAGGCAUCAUGAUGAACGUCAUCAUCCUCGUUCGACUUCAUGUCAAUUCAGUCAUAUUCUUCAUCAACCUCAAUCAUCGUCAUCAUCGUUUAUUCAUCCUGAUCUAACAAGUAAUAGUAUUAAUUCAGAUAAAGGUUUGAAAUUUUUUGGUUUAAGUCAGUUAGCCAAUCAUCGAGAUACGGAUCGUUCAAUUCAUCAUUUUGUCAAUCCACAAGAAAAUUUCAGCGUUUCCAUAUCUGAUUCAUGA